CAGGGGCGGGGCCGGUUGCCCAGACGACGCCUGCGAGGAUGGCUGCUGCGUCUUCAUCCGAUUCCGACAGCGGCCUGACUGAGAGCAAUGAGGCCAAUUCGAAAUGGCUGGACGCGCACUAUGACCCCAUGGCCAACAUCCACACCUUUUCCGCCUGCCUGGCCCUGGCAGAUUUGCAUGGGGACGGAGAGUACAAGCUAGUGGUGGGAGACCUUGGCCCUGGUGGGAAGCAGCCCCGCCUGAAGGUGCUCAAAGGACCAACAGUGCUGACAGAAAACCCACUGCCUGCUCUGCCGGCUGCUGCUGCUGCCUUCCUCAUGGAGCAGCAUGAGACCCGGACUCCAGCUCUGGCACUUGCUUCAGGCCCUUGUGUCUACAUAUAUAAGAAUCUCAGACCCUACUUCAAGUUCAGUCUUCCCCUGUUGCCUUUAAACCCUCUGGAACAAGACCUUUGGAACCAAGUCAAGGAGGACCGGAUAGACCCCUUGACCCUGAAAGAGAUGCUGGAGGGCAUCCGGGAGAAAGCAGAGGUGCCUUUGUCUGUACAGUCACUCAGGUUUCUGCAGCUGGAGCUGAGUGAAAUGGAGGCAUUUGUGAACCAGCACAAGUCCAAGACCAUCAGGCGGCAGACAGUCAUCACCUCCAUGAUCACCUUGAAGAAAAACCUGGCUGAUGAGGAUGCUGUGUCAUGCCUGGUAUUGGGCACUGAGAACAAGGAGAUCCUAGUGCUGGACCCUGAAGCCUUCACCAUUUUGGCCAAGAUGAGCCUGCCCAGCGUCCCAGUCUUCCUGGAGGUUUCUGGCCAGUUUGACGUGGAGUUCCGGCUCGCAGCUGCCUGUCGCAAUGGAAACAUCUAUAUCCUGAGAAGAGAUUCCAAGCGCCCCAAGUACUGCAUUGAGCUGAGUUCCCAGCCUGUGGGGCUUGUCCGGGUACACAAGGUCCUGGUGGUGGGCAGCACCCAAGACAGCCUGCACGGCUUUACUCACAAGGGUAAGAAACUGUGGACAGUGCAGAUGCCCGCCACCAUCCUGACCAUGAACCUCCUGGAGCAGCGCUCCCGGGGUCUACAGGCUGUCAUGGCCGGGCUGGCCAAUGGAGAGGUCCGUAUUUACCGUGACAAGGCCCUGCUCAACAUCAUCCGCACCCCGGAUGCAGUGACCAGCCUUUGCUUUGGCCGCUAUGGGCGGGAGGACAACACCCUUGUCAUGACUACUCGAGGUGGUGGCCUGAUAAUUAAGAUCCUGAAGCGCACAGCAGUGUUUGUGGAGAGCACAGGCGAGGUGGGCCCCCCACCAGCCCAAGCCACAAAACUCAGUGUGCCCCGAAAGACUCGGCUCUAUGUGGAUCAGACACUGAGAGAACGGGAGGCUGGCACUGCCAUGCACCGGAGCUUCCAGACAGAUCUCUACCUGCUACGCCUCCGAGCUGCCCGCGCCUACGUGCAGGCCCUUGAGUCCAGCCUGAGCCCCAUGUCAGCCACAGCCCGGGAACCGCUCAAGCUGCAUGCCGUGGUUCAGGGCCUGGGGCCCACCUUUAAGCUCACACUUCACCUUCAGAACACCUCAACUGUCCGGCCUGUGCUGGGGCUGCUGAUCUGCUUCCUGUACAACGAGGCACUCUAUACCUUGCCUCGUGCCUUCUUCAAGGUCCCCUUGCUGGUGCCAGGGCUCAACUACCCCCUGGAGACCUUUGUGGAGUGUCUCAGUAACAAGGGCAUCUCAGAUAUUAUCAAGGUGCUGGUACUCCGGGAAGGCCAUAGCGCGCCCCUGCUGAGUGCCUACGUCAACAUGCCUGUGAGUGAGGGGCUGGAAGCUGCCUGAGCCCUGGCCAUCAGGCUCCCAUGGGAUGGAGUCAGCAGGAGCCAGCCACUUUGAGCUGGGCAGGUUCAGUUGCCCAGGCCCUCCCCACACGGCAGUGUGCUGGGGCAGCAACUCCCCACUCCUCUCCAAAGCACCCCCUGCUCGUCACCCUGCCCCUAGGCUGUAGCCACAGACCAGCUCCUCUCUCAGGACAUGCCCAGGCAUUGUUCCAGAGGCAGUGUCUGCUGCCCACUGCCUCCCCAGCUCUUUCCAGAAACCUCCCAGGUCCCAAGGAAGAGUUCUGAGGUGUUGAGAUGAGAAAAGGAGGCUGACCUCCUCCUCCUCCACUUCCCUCUGGCACACCACUCAGCUCUUGCGCAGGCCAAGGCCAGAGUUGGAUGAGAACCUGGCCUGAGAAGUCAGAGGCUUUUCUUGGGUGAGACUGAGCCCCGUCAGUCCUGGGGUUCCAGCUCAGCCUUCAGGCGAAGCCCAUCCUCUGGUCUCCCUGCUCCACUGAUUAGAGAGGCUCCCCUUUCUUUUCAGCAACCCACCGAAGGAAUAGCUGCCUCCCCACAGGGCAUCUUUCCCAAGGCUUGGACUCUGCCACCACCUCAGGGCUCCAAAGCCCUGUGCAGGUUGCCAGGGGAAGAGGUGGUGCAGGAGGCCAGAGGGUGCCCAUGUGCACUUCCAAAGAGCACAAGCAGUUUCUCCUGACCUGAAUGCCCAGAAAAGCAUCUCUGGAGAGGGAAGUGGAAUUAGGUAGAGCAGAGGCAGGCAGUACUGCAAGAGGGGCCCAGGAGACAGAAGUCUUAAAGCCCAUCAGGCUGCACUUCUGUGCCUAGGAGUCCAAAUCAGCCCUGAGGGUAGCAAGUUCACUGGGCUGCAGGCAGAGCAAGAGAAUUGGCUGGAAAGGUUCCCAUUAAAGGCACAGAGUGAAGCUGGAAACUAAGCAAAGGCUCCAUUUAGACCCCAGUGUUCAUAGCCCCUCAUGCCUGCCGAGUCCCUGGCCAGACUUGCCAACCUUCCUCACAGCCACCUGAGCCACUUGGGAACCUGCAGCCUUACUCCUGGGAACCUACAUCUUUCCCUCUCUGACCAGGUGUGUCCUGGUGUGUGGCACGAAGCUCAGGUUUGCAGGAAGUAACCAGAUUCCCCUGCUUCAUUCUCCCCUUGUGUAAAAUAAGGCAGUUUCUAAACUGCUUUUAGCUCUGACACCCUAUGGGCUUGGCAGCCCCUGUGCAGGAAAGGAGUUGGCCCAGAAAGAUAAUACUAGGCAGGAGCAACUGCACAGCUUUUGCCCUGAAGACCAGGGACUCUGCCAGGCACGGUGGUCCACACCUAUGAGUCAAGCAACUUUGGAGGCUGAGGCAGGAGGAGCACAAGUUCAAAACCAGCCUUAGCAACUUGGCGAGACCCUGUCUCAAAAUAAAAAGGGGCUGGGGAUGUGAUACAAUGGUUAUGUACCAAAAAAAAAGACUUGAGGGCUCCAAACUGGUUGCCACUGUCUGCCUCUUUGCCCAAGAUACAGGAUAGUGGUGUUACAGCUAACCUCAGCCCUUCCAAGGAAUUCAUCUGGAGCCAGGUUAAGAGAGGCAACAGGUCUAGGCCAAAGAAAGAGCCUUCCCUCUUCUCUCCACACUGCCCAGCCACUUGGACACAAACCACCUGGGUCAGGAUGGCAAAGGGUUUCCACAUCAAGCCAGCUGAGGCACAGUGGAAACAGCAGAAGGUAAUAAAAACGAAAAGAUGUGGGACGGAGAAGGCGUCAUUGUUGCUUAGAUCUCAAACUGCAGAACCUGGAGGUGGAAGGGUCUGCCCAGGAGGGCGAUGAGCCCUCACUGGAGUUGUGUGCACGGGGUAUGGGCCGUCCCAGGGCAGGUUGAGUACUGGCCAGACCUUACAGUCCCUUUCACCCAGUCACACAGUGAACUGCAGUAUGAACUGUAUGAACUCAAAACAAAAACAUCUGAUCUGGGUUCUUUUCAGAGCUGUUCAUCAAGAUGAGAAACCUAUAUUUGGCACCUUAUGUGAAUUUAUAUACUACUAUCUAUUAAGAAAUAUAUGGGACAGGUUGCUGGGUUGUAGCUCAGUGGUAGAGCGUUUGCCUAGCAUGUGUGAGGCACUGGGUUCGAUCCUUAGCACCACAUAAAAAUAAAGAACA